AUGCCAUCACAUUCGGAAUUGACUUUGCUUUGCUUACUAUGUUCCAUAUGUUAUUGUUUGGGUCAAGGUAAGGUUUUAUCUUUUGAUGGAGAAUAUAAGGGGGGGGUUGAAAAAUGAAGGGAUAAAAAGCGGAGAGGGAGGGAAGAGGAAGAGUAAAAGCAAAGAGUGAACGUUCAAAAUGUCUACAGUUAUAAAUUUUUGAAUUUUACAUUGGAAAACGGGUAAAUCAACUAUUGAAAUUAAACAAAUUUAGGUAUCAACUUAAAGCUUUUAGCUAUAUUAUAUUUAUCCAUAACUUUUUUAGCCACAAAUAUAGAUUAACUAGCCGAAUUCGUCUGCUGAAUAUUAUUUUUGCGGCGGUUAUAAUGGUACUAAGCACAUUUUGUUACCUAUUUUUAGUUCUUGAGUUAGGAGACUGAGCUUUUCGAUGUUGUAGAAGAUUAUUUGAUUAAGAUAGAGCAUACAGAGUCUCAUUUGAUGAAUCUAAUUGUUUACAAUAGGUUUAAACUAAAAGUAUAAGACUAAAAAUAUAGGUUUAGAUCUUGGGCUUAGACAAGUUGGGCUUAGAAGUUUAAAGCAGAGCUGUCGCUACUAGUUUUUCCUGGAGAGAGAGGGGAGUAGAAGCCAAAUGCUACAUCUGCACUCAUUUUGCAAGUAUUUUUUUUCAAGUUUUUUCCGAUCGACUGUAGGGGGGGGGAGGGGAGAAUUUGACCCCUACGCCCCUUUAGCGUCCAUUAGUCGUAAUUUUUGAUUUUACAGGGAGAUUUUACACUUUACAGCAUUUUUUUUGCUAUUAUUAUUACAUUAUUUCAACUGAUAAUCAAUCAAAUAGGCAUCCGAACAUCAAAAUGAUAGAUUAGAACAGACUUUUACUACAAUAUUUUUUUUUAAAAUUGCAAAAAUUUAAUCAACCUAAUAAACUUACUUUUUCCUUAUAAACUUAAAUUAAAAAUGCCAUUUCAGACUGCACCCAGCCCAAAGAUGUAGGCCACGAAUGCGAUGAAGGUACAGUAGGAAGGAGGUUCUAUUUCGACUCAAGAAUGGGAGUUUGUCAGCCGUUUAAUUACCUUGGCUGUGGUGGUAAUGACAAUAACUUUGAAACGUCAAAACUCUGUAAAUCAAGUUGUGGUAAAGAUAAGCUAGCUAAGGCUUCUGGAUCAGCUGGUGUUGUGGCAAAGCCUAAAGGCACUGGUCAUGCUCAAUGGGUUCAUGGUAAGGUUAUAUUUUUAUGUUUGCUAGCAUUACAGUAACUAAAGGUAGGGUAGAGCAAGAUGGUAGGGUAGGGCGGGGUAGAAUCGAGUAGGAUAGGCAAAGAAAUUCGUACUGUAUGGUGGAGUAGGUACUUUAGGAUUGGUUAUUGUAGACCAAAGUAAGUCAGUCGGGUAGGGUAGGGUAGGGUAGGGUAGGGUAGGGUAGGGUAGGGUAGGGCGGGGUAGAAUCGAGUAGGAUAGGCGAAGAAAUUCGUACUGUAUGGUGGAGUAGGUACUUUAGGAUUGGUUACUGUAGACCAAAGUAAGUCAGUAGAGUAGGGUAGGGAAGGGUAGGGUAGGGUAGGGUAGGGUAGGGUAGGGUAGGGUAGGGUAGGGUAGGGUAGGUACUAAAUUUUUGUAUUUUUAGCUGAGCAAUGCGGAGCGACACAUUUGGUCCCGGACGGAAAACUUGAAGAAUGUCGUGUGGGCAAAUCAACAUGCCCUGAGGGUCACAAAUGCAAAAAUGGGUAUUGUUGUCCUACUAAAGGUAAAUUUUUUGAUUUCAAGCCAAGUUUUGUCAUUUUUGUAAAUUUUUAAAAUUUCAAAAUUUUAAUUUUAAAAAAUAUUAUUAUAGAGUAUGUAUGCUCCCUCCGCGACGAAACAGGCACUUUUGCCGAUGGAAUCGAAGACAAGCCUAGGUUUGCAUGGAGCGAUGAGAUCAAAAGUUGCUGGCGGUUCUCUUACUAUGGCGCUCGAGGCAACUACAACAACUUUGCAUCGUUCCGCGACUGCAACAACUUCUGUAGCUGA